UUUUGGGGCUAAAACGCACCGUUUUAACGGAUGUCCACUUCCAGCAACCUGGAAAAGUGGAUUGGACAUUGGAGAGUACUAUUGGAUCGACAGCGCGUAGAAAAAGAAAAACCUCUCCAAAACCCUCUGCCCGAGUCUAUCCACGAACUGAGGCUGAGGCAGAGCUUUUUAUGUGUUCUUCUUUCUUGUAUUUUCCCUCCAAAAGAUGCAAAUCUCUCUAACCAUCUCCAUCUCCACCUCCACCUUCCCUUCUCUCCCUCCAUUUCACGAACCCAUCUCACACCCUAUUCAUCAACCCCCUCCUGCGGUUCAAAGACCGCCGGCAAGCCACAAGCUUUCAGUGACGACACACGUUACUCGUGUUGGUGCUGGUAAAGGGUCGGGGGUUUUGUCGGCAAUUGGCCGUGCAAUUGAAGAAGAAGAGUACAGGAAGGCCAGGGCUGAGGUACAACGUAAAGGGAUUGACGUUGAAGGGUAUUCAAUUGAGGGAGUGUCUAUUGGAGGCCAUGAAACAUGUGUCAUUGUGCCCGAGUUGAAGUCCGCUUUCGAUAUCGGGAGGUGCCCGUCACGGGCUAUUCAUCAGAACUUCUUGUUCCUCACUCAUGCUCAUCUUGAUCACAUUGGUGGAUUGCCAAUGUAUGUGGCAACACGUGGUUUGUAUGACUUAAAACCUCCUACAGUAUUUGUGCCUCCUUGCAUUAAGGAGGAUGUGGAGAAGUUGUUUGACAUUCAUAGGGCCAUGAGUCAAGUGGAACUGAAGCUUGAUUUGGUUGCAUUGGAUGUGGGAGAAACAUAUGAAAUGCGAAAUGAUCUUGUUGUACGACCAUUUAAAACUAGUCAUGUUAUACCCAGCCAGGGUUAUGUUGUAUACUCUGUGAGAAAGAAGCUGAAGAAGAAGUAUAUUCAUUUGAAAGGAAAGCAAAUUGAGAAAUUAAAGAAGUCCGGUGUUGAGAUCACAGACAUAGUGUUGCAUCCAGAAGUAGCUUUCACAGGAGAUACUAUGUCAGAUUUUAUGUUCAAUCCACGCAAUGCUGAUGCCUUGAGGGCAAAGAUUCUUAUAACUGAGGCAACUUUUCUUGAUGAAGGGUUUAGCAUUGAGCAUGCACGACAGCAUGGUCACACUCAUUUAUUUGAGCUCAUAGAACAUGCUCAGUGGAUUCGAAACAAAGCUAUUUUGUUAACUCACUUCUCAUCCCGCUAUGAUCUUGAGGACAUUCGUAAAGGUGUCUCAAGGUUGCAGUCCAAAGUGUCUGCCAAAGUUGUUGCCUUAACAGAAGGCUUCAAGUCCAAGUACUCUCAGAUGUGAAGGGUCCAAUUUUGUUUGCGUGCCUGUUGAUAAUUGUAGUCAGUCAUCUGUAAUCAAUUGAUGGUUGAUGUUGAAAUUAUUUGGCCCCAUCUAAUUGCAUGUUUCCAGCCUUUACUUAGAUGUGGCCUCUGGUGUCAUUAGUGCCGAACAGAUGAUUAUAUGCACAUUUCACUC